AUGACCGGGAAAACUGCACCUCCCGCCCCGGCCCCGGCUCCAGCAGAGCCAAAGAAAGAGCCAGAACCAGAGAAGGAACCAGCACCAGCUCCAGCUGCUGAAGAACCUCCAGCCCCUGAGCAUCCCCCAGCUGCAGACCAGCCCUCAGCCCCCACGGAUGGAGCCACUCCUGUCCCCGCAGCAGAAGGGACUCCAACCUCUCAAGAAGCUCCUCCAGCUCCUCCAGCUGAACCCCAAGCUCCAGCUCCUGAACCUGAGAAACCCAAGGCAGAGCCACCCAGCUCCCCCUUGGCCUUGGCUGUGGAAGAAGUGAGUGAAAACUCAGUGACACUGACCUGGAAAACUCCGGAGCAGACGGGCCGGGAGGGCCUGGAUGGAUACGUGGUGGAGAUCUGCAAGGAUGGAAGUACGGACUGGGCAGCUGUGAACCAGGAGCCUUUUCUUUCCACCCGGUACACGAUCCAGGAGCUCAGCUCAGGUGAGAAGAUCCAUGUCCGAGUGAAGGCUGUCAGUGCCAGUGGUGCCAGUGUCCCAGCUACUUUGGAGCAGCCUGUCACCAUCAGAGAGAUCCUCCAGCUUCCCAAGAUCCGCAUGCCCCGUCACCUGCGGGAGACUUAUUUCAGGCAUGUUGGAGAUGCUGUGAACAUUAUGAUCCCUUUCCAGGGAAAGCCAGAGCCAGAGGUGACCUGGACCAAGGGUGGGCAGCCCCUGGACCCCGACCGGGUCAGCACCCGCACCACGGGGAGGGACACCAUCUUCUUCAUCCGCACGGCCCAGCGCGGCGACUCGGGCAGGUACGAGCUCACCCUGAGGAUAAAUGGAGCAGAGGACAAAGCCAUCCUGGACAUCCAAGUCAUUGAGCCACCGGGUCCCCCCCAGAACCUGAAGCUGGUGGAUGUGUGGGCUUUUAAUGUGGCCUUGGAGUGGACACCCCCGGCGGACAACGGGAACUCCGAGAUCAAGGGCUACCUAGUGCAGAAGUCAGACAAGAAGAGUGGGAAGUGGUUCACGGUCCUGGAGCGCUGCACCCGCACCAGCUGCACCAUCUCUGACCUCAUCAUGGGCAACUCCUACUCAUUCCGGGUCUUCUCCGAGAACGCCUGCGGGCUGAGCGGGAAGGCAGCUGUCACCUCUGAGGUGGCCCACAUCAAGAAGACAAAAACUUCUUAUCAGGCAGAGAAGAUCCCCCAACAGGACAUGAUGGAGCCUCCAAAGUUCACCCAACCCUUGACAGACCGAACCACCACCCGGGGCUACAACACACAUCUCUUCUGCUCCGUCCGGGGCUUCCCCCAGCCCAAAAUCAUCUGGAUGAAGAAUCAGAUGGAGAUACGGGAAGAUCCCAAAUACAUCGCCAUGACUGAGCAGGGCAUCUGCUCCCUGGAAAUCCGCAAGCCCAACCCUUUUGAUGGGGGCAUCUACACCUGCAAAGCUGUGAACCCCUUGGGGGAAGCCUCAGUAGACUGCAGACUUGAUGUGAAAGUGCCCCAGUGA